UCCUCCAGCAGGAAGGUCUGUGUCUGCAGGAGGAGAAGAAGAAGAAGAAGCAGAGAGAACUCCUCCUCUUUCUGUCACCUGUGGAAUCACCUGCGGACACAAACAGCAGGUGGAGAAUCCUCCCUCAGUUUUCUCGCCUCCCUGGACUCAAGUGUUUAUUUUCUCUUCGACCUGAGGAUGGAGAAGUACGAGAAGAUCGGAAAGAUCGGAGAAGGCUCCUACGGCGUCGUCUUCAAGUGCAGAAACAAAGACACGGGGCAGAUCGUCGCCAUCAAGAAGUUCGUGGAGUCGGAGGACGAUCCCAUCAUCAGAAAGAUCGCACUGAGGGAGAUCAGGAUGCUCAAGCAACUGAAACACGCCAACCUGGUCAACCUGAUCGAGGUUUUUCGUCGUAAGCGGAAGCUUCACCUGGUUUUCGAGUACUGCGAUCACACGGUCCUCAACGAGCUCGACCGCCAUCCCAGAGGAGUUCCCGAGCACCUUGUGAAGAGCAUCACCUGGCAGACGCUUCAGGCUGUAAACUUCUGCCACAAACAAAAUUGCAUCCACAGAGACGUGAAACCCGAGAACAUCCUCAUCACCAAACAUCAGGUCAUCAAACUCUGUGACUUUGGCUUUGCCAGGAUUCUCACUGGUCCAUGUGACUACUACACAGACUACGUGGCGACUCGUUGGUAUCGGGCCCCUGAGCUGCUGGUGGGGGACACUCAGUACGGGGCCCCCGUGGACGUGUGGGCGAUCGGCUGCGUGUUCGCCGAGCUGAUGUCGGGGAUCCCUCUGUGGCCUGGGAAGUCCGACAUGGACCAACUGUACCUGAUCAGAAAGACGCUCGGAGAUCUGAUCCCUCGACAUCAGCAGGUUUUCAGCAACAACCAGUUCUUCAGCGGAGUUUCAAUCCCAGAGCCACAAGAGAUGGAACCUUUGGAGCAGAAAUAUCCGAACCUCUCGCAUCAAGCUCUGAGUCUCAUGAAGGGUUGUCUGAGGAUGGACCCGUCCGAGCGUCUGACCUGUGAGCAGCUCCUCCUGCAUCCGUACUUCGACAACCUGCGAGGAAAAAGCCAGAUCUCGUCUCGUGAGCAGGAUCGUUCCAGCAACAAGAGGACGCGCUUCCCUCGCAAACAGCUUCCCCCCGGGUAUUUGCCGCAGCUGACCGGCAGCAGCAUCUUCCCAGCGCUGGACAACAAGAAGUACUACAACAACCUGCGCAGGUUCAACUAUCACCUCCCCAACAUCUAAACACACUGAUCCUGAUCUGAAUUCAAAUCCUGACCAUCGAUCAUCUGUUUUCUAAAAAAACACUCAGGGGGUGAAGCGACACGGUUUCGAGAGGAUUCCACCACUUUUUAAAAAGUUUGUUUUCCACAUGAGGUGAU